CCUCAAUAGAUAAUCAGUUAUUGCAGAUAGCUUUUUUCUUGUAAGAGUACAUUUACUGCUUGGAAUUCAAAGAAUUCAUCAUGCUGUUUCUCCAUAUUUUGUUGUUCACCUGUGUCACAUUUGCUUCAGCAAAAAGGAACAAGGCAUGGUAUUUGAUGCCAGAUGAUGGAGGACAUGGAAUUCAUCUUGUGAAUAUGCUACAUAAGGCUACAGACAUUGAUGUACCUAGUAUUGAGUCUAAUGUUACACUUUAUCUCUAUACAAGGAAUGAUGAAGUAAGUGAGAUGGACUGUGAAAGUAUUGGAGGCUUUAACACCGUAUGGCCUACUGUAGUGCUUUCCCAUGGUUGGAUGAGUGAAAGUAGUGAUCUGGAUCACAUCAAGAAUGCAUAUAUGACAGCAGGUGAUUACAAUGUCAUUUCUGUAGACUGGUCACCAAUUGCAAACAAUUUAGUAUACACUCAAGUAACGGCAGAACUAGUCAUUGUUGGUCAGUAUGUGGCAAGAGUUCUGGAUUGUUUAGUGGAGACACAUGGGCUGGACCUGUCAAGAGUUCACUUGGUUGGUCAUAGUCUGGGUGCCCAUGUUGUUGGUGUGAUUGGAGGUUCAUUAUCAGACGAGAAGAAAGUGGCUUUUCUCACAGGACUAGACCCAGCAGGGCCUGGAUAUGAUGAUGACCUCAAGCCAGGCAAUGACAGUAUGCUGGACAAAGGCGAUGCAGAGUUUGUCCAGAUCAUCCAUACAAACACUGCUGUUCUAGGAUACGAACUUGUCCUGGGAGAUGCAGACUUCUUUCCAAAUGGAGGUUCUAAGCAAGCAGGAUGUGGUGGUGACUGGCUUGGAGACUGUUCACAUAUGAGAUCUACACAAUAUUUUGCUGAAUCUGUAACAUCUCCUUCAGCCUUUCUCGGGUACCAAUGCGAUGACUGGGAAACAUAUAGCAGCUGCUAUGGACGACCAUGGGCUGCCAUGGGAGCACAUGUUGACCCCAGCAAUACCAAAGGCGUAUACUUCAUGAAAACUGCCAGUUCAUCACCAUAUGGUCUUGGUUUAUUAGGAUGAGCACAACAUAUGCUGCAAUACAGGACCACAAGACUGGUAGACAUUGAUGCUGAAGAUGCAGUUUAGUGCAUAAAAUAUUAUCACACAUGAAUAGUCAUCUAAAUCAAUGCACUUCUGUGGAAAAAUUUCUGUCCCAAAAAAUUAUGUUUAUGGAACAAAAAAUAUGUAUUAAGAAAAAAUAUGACAUUUUAGAAAA